GGAGCUGAUUGACCGCUGGGGCUGGCAAUCAUCUUGAAGGAGCGGCGGCGGCGGCGGCGGCGGCCGCCCUUCCCUCGGGUUGCGGGCCGGUUCCAUCGUUUUGGGGGAGGGAGGAGUCCCCGCUCGCAUUAGCGGCGGGGGGGGGGAGCCGAGCGGCGCUGCCGCGCUGAAACAACUUUGAAGAGCGAGGCAAUAACCCAAAAACUUCGAACCAAGGCUAACGAUCCACUGCGGUAGCUGCUGACUACUCAUACAGCAAUACACAGUGAUUAUCCCGUAUACUUAGGAUUAAGUUGUGACUGGGCUUGGAAGUACUAUUGCAUGAACUGAAAGUUAAUUAUUUAUUAUCACUGAGGGACCCACUGGUUUGCUUGCACCUUGAAAAAGUAACAGAGCAACACGAUCAUUCCAUUAAAAAAAUUAAGACUUCACAUAACAAACUCGCCAGUGUUAAAAUAUUUCGCAGUGGGAUUCUCGUGUCAUAUCCAGAAACAGCAAAGCAGUCCUACUGAAUGCUUGGAAGGAAUCCCACCUUUUGACAGACAAAAGAGCUAUACUUGCACUGAAAUCCUAAACCUCCUGUCAAUAGUCCAUGAGUACAAGACUAUGCUCAAGUUUUCUUUUCAACUGAACUUUUGGGAAAAGUGAAGAAUUAAACUCAGUCACGUGCUCAAUUUAAGAGUGGACCUACCUUUAGUGGAAUGGUCCAGGCAUAGUGAGCUGGUUUCAUUACCUCAAUCACCUUUGUCUUUGCAGCAGUAUCACAUGACUUUGUGGUUGUUUGUAAAAGGACACAAUUUUGUCAGCCUUAAGGGUAGACAGGAUUUACAGCUUUGAAGCCUCACCAUCCUUGUCAAGAUCUGGAAGUGCAGCUCAGGAUAUGGUAGUGCCCACAAAUCAAUAGUGGGCUGAAGAGAUGUUUUUGACAGGAGGCUUGAAAUCUCUCCUUCCCCAUGUGCUAAGAAGAAUAAUUCGAUGCAACAGACUUAGUAUUAGUAAUACUUCUGGAAUGGCAGAGGGCUAUAAACAGGCCAACAUUGUGAUUUUGCACAAGUCCCUGGCUGAUGACUUUGAGAAGUUUUGCCGUGCAAAUGAUGGACCCCUGCCACUGCUGUACAGAAGUAAACCAGGUGAUUGGAAAUGUCCUUCUCUGAGUAGAGAUUCGGAUAUCAGAACUGACUGUCUACAGUACAGAAUAUAUGAGUAUGGAGCUUUUACUGGAUCACUGAAAAGCCUAAAGGAGUAUUCUGAGCAACUUAAGGACAUGGUGACUUUUUAUUUAGGCUGCAGCUUCUCUUUUGAAAAAGCAGUCCAAAAUGCUGGCAUUCCCUUAAGAAAUGUUGAGCAAAAAUGUAAUGUAAGCAUGUAUAAGACAGCAGUCCCUUGCUACAGCGUUUCUACUUUUUGCUGCAACUUAGUAGUCACCAUGAGACCUAUUCCUGAAAGCAAACUGGAAGCAGCUGUGCUAGCAACAUCGGAAUUAAAAGAAGCCCAUGGAGCACCAAUUCACAUAGGUGACCCUGGUCUGCUGGGAAUACAAGAUCUUUCCAAACCAGACUAUGGAGAUCCAGUUCACCUUUACCCUGGUGAUAUUCCAGUGUUUUGGGCCUGUGGAGUAACAGCAGUAGAAGCAGUCAGCAACUGCAGAGCUCCGUUAGCUUUUACUCAUUCUCCUGGCUGCAUGUUCAUUACUGACCUAAAGAACGAGAGUGUCACAGUCAGAUCCUCAAGAGUAGUCCCACAAGUCCACUGCAUUUCUCAAGAUCCUCUGCAUUAUAGUAUUGUGUCAGCAGAAGCAGCCCAAAAGAUAAAGACUCUGGAGACCCUAAUUGGAAUAGAUCCAGGAGACCGGGGUAUAAUUCAUCUACACCGCCAGGACGAGCUGCUGAAGGCUUGCCUCUCCAUCUCCCAUGCUCGGUCAGUGCUGAUAACAACUGGAUUUCCUACCCACUUCGCUUACGAGCCGCCGGAAGAGAAUGACGGGCCCCCGGGAGCCCUUGCUAUUGCAGCUCUAUUGCAGGUCUUGGAGAAAGAGGUUGCCAUAGUAACGGAUCAGAGAGCCAUGAAUCUGAAUAAAAAGAUUAUUGAAGAGGCUGUUCAACUAGGAAUCCUGAAGAGACCAAUCCCUCUAUUGAGUUAUCAAAGUGAAAGUGCAGAUUCAGCUUUAACGUUUUUGUGUGAGAAUGGAAAUCCUGAAAGACCUAGGUUUGAUCACCUGAUAGCAAUAGAACGUGCUGGGAUGGCUGCUGAUGGCAAUUAUUACAAUGCCAGGAAAGUUAACAUUAAACAUCUCGUGGAUCCCAUAGAUGAACUAUUUUUAGCUGCACAAACCAUUCCAGGAGUCACAACAACAGGUGUUGGAGAUGGAGGAAAUGAAUUAGGAAUGGGCAAAGUAAAAGAUGCUGUAAAGAAGCACAUAAAAAAUGGAGACGUUAUAGCUUGUGAUGUUGAAGCUGAUUUUACUAUUGUAGCUGGGGUCUCUAACUGGGGAGGCUAUGCCAUUGCUUGCGCCCUGUAUAUUCUCAGCACUUGUGAAAUACACGAUCGGUACCUGAGGAAAGCUGUUGGGUUUCCACAGUUAUCAAAGAAGAUGGUCUGGCAGUCGGCACUGCCAUCGGUUACCAAGGAAGAAAAGCUUCUGAAAACACUCGUGAAGCAUGGGGUCCGCAGUGGAAAAACUGCCAGUUUAGAGAUGGAGGUGGACGGGCUGCCCUUCUACAACACCCAUUCACUUAUGAUUGAAAAGCUGCUGCAAGAAGCACAGCAGUGACUGCCCCUAAUGAUUGCUAUAUCAAGAGUUGCUCCGAUGUUAUUUCCUUAUUCCCUAGGCUCUCACAAGGUAUAAAAGAUCAGAAAAAGAUUACUUUUCAUCUCUGGUAUCUUUGGCAUGCGCAACCUUUCAUUGUUACCCUUACAACAUCUCUGUGAAGCGAGAAGGGGAUACCAUCACGAUGAUUUGGUCUACCUUUCUUUUCUAUAAUAUUAUAAUGGAUAAUGGAUAUUAAAUUAUAUUAAAUACUAAGAGGUGAUCUGGAUUUUACAAAGAAAGCAUGUCAUUAAAAUGAAAUAUUAUUGCAUUGCUGUUCCUGUUUUACUAACCUCAUAACUGUAACAGGAAGUAACUCUUGUAGCAACUUGGAUUUAAAAAUACCUUGUGGUGGGGAAAACAGCUGCAGUGGAGAGGGGAUGUUCAAAACAAAAAAACCCAGUCACUGUUACAGUAGUGAAAGUUGUUAAAUACAGCCCUCUUGCACGCUUCUCUAACACUGUCUCCUUUUGGUGGAGGAUAGUUUGUGGAAGUGUGAGGAGAUAAGGGAAGAGCUUUAACUGAGCUAAUGAAAAUAAAGGCAGCGUUGCAGAUCUUCCCUGUAAAAGGUAGGCUCUACCAUCUGCCUCCUUUGUAUUAGUAGUUUGCCAUUUAUAUAUUCUGUCCCUUUCUGUAAUACAGAAGGGUAAUACAGAAAGGUGUAGACAUUUCAGGGUAUCCUGUUGUUAAGAAUAAAUGAAUUAAAUACAUAAAUAGUGAUUAAAAACAAUGCUUAGAAAUUAAAGCAUGAUUAGAAAUUUUAAAACAUUUGCAUUCAGUAUGAAAUAAAAUUAUGUAAAUUAACAUUGAGAUGAAUUCCAGUUAUAGACAUUCAGUUCCUGAUGAAAUUAAAUGAAGCAAAACUAAAUAUCUCAAAAGCCUACUAACACCAAACCACUACAUGACAAAUGGUUGUGAACUGUGCCUGACUUUUGUCAUUUAAAGCUGUAAUUUUAUUUUAACUCACGAUGAGUGUCAGGGCUGAAGUUCUGCUAGUUGUCAGCCGUUGCAGCAGAGAGGAUAGGGUAAAUUUUCCACUGCACCUCUCAGGCACUGAUGCUUUAGCUGUCAUGAAAUGAUUAUAACGGUACAAAAGGCAAGCAUCAAACCAUUGUGUUUAACAAGAUGAGAAUGGCAGUUGUGUUUAGCCACUGCUUUUUCCAAAGGACAGUGGAUUUCCAGCAGUCAGCAAUACCUUGUAUCUACUUUUCUUUCUGGCAGGUGAGUUUUAUUUUCCUUUUCUUAUGUAAGACAAACACAUAACUUUUUGGGAAUGAGAAAAGACAGUUUGUUCCACAUAUACCAGCAUACUUUGAACAUUAAUCUUCUGAAAUCCUUGAGGAUACACAGUCUUUAAAGACUUAAAACAGAUGAACGCAUGUGAGAGAAAGAAAUCUUAUUGCCAGACUUGCUGCUAAACAUUCAGAUUCACCAAAGCACCCAAUGUUGAUUUUAUGGAUCAGCCAUUAAGCCUUCUUGAGGGAUGUUGCAGUAAAACUAUCUUUGAAAUUUCACAAUUAGAAAAUAGCUCCUUUAGAAGUCUCCAAACUGUAACUAUUAAGUAAAAUAUUUCAUAUGAAGGCUUAAACUUUUUGCCAAAGCCAACAACCCAUCAGAAUGGCAUAUGUUCACUGUUGCACAGAACCCACAGAACUAAAUUGCCAGAAUUUAAAAAUGUCUUUUUGGGAAAACAAGGCAGCUGAUUUCCUUCCCUGUGUGCUAUGUGGUCAGUAGCUUACUGACAUAUUACACCAACAGGUGCAAUGUAUAUUAUUCUUUCCAAACACUGACUUUUGUCAAAAAAACCCUCAUUUAGUAAGCUUUUACUCUUUCUUCACCAAAAUACAAGUUUUCACGGUCAGAUUUCAUUAAGAAGUAAAAAAAUGUAAUAAUUUAUUUGUUUUUUUCCUCUAAUGUGUGUUUUUAAAAUCCCUUCUUGUGUUCAAUCCCAAGCACUGUAUUUAAUCCAGUAUCAACAUGUAGGGUAUCUCUAGCAACCAUAGUAGGACCCUUGAUUGACUAUAUUCCGGCUGAGAUGGAAAGAAAUGCUCUAAGCGGGGGUUACCUUCCUUCCAUAUUGGUUACAGUUGUGCAGUCUAAGCCUAACAGUUAUCAUAUAGACAGUUUAGAUAAAAAACAGA